UUCAUUUUCUUUUUCAGAAGUGAGUCCCUGAGUCCUGAGUUGGUGGCUGCUGCAUCUGCUGUUGCAGAUUCUCUCCCUUUUGACAAGCAGACAACCAAGUCAGAGCUGCUCAGGCAGCUCCGGCAGCACGAGGAAGACUCAAGGGCACAGAAAGAAGGAGAAAGACCUAAAAUUAGUUUCAGUAACAUAAUAUCAGAUAUGAAAGUUGCCAAGUCUGCCACAGCUCGAGUUAGCACGAGACCAGUGCAUCAGAUUCAGUUUGAUGAAGGAUCUGACGAUUAUGGUGGCCAGGAGAAGACCGCUGAUCUUAGGAAAAGUCUUAGGAAAAAUAUAUUCAAGGGAAAGAGACUUAAUAUCUUUGAUCUUAAGGCAGUUACUGAAGAGGCACCUGAAGCAGAGACAGCGCCUUCACUGUGGGAUGUGGAAUUUGCUAAGCAGUUAGCCGCAGUAAAUGAACAGCCCUUUCAGAAUGGUUUUGAAGAGAUGAUCCAGUGGACGAAAGAGGGGAAACUGUGGGAGUUCCCAAUUAACAAUGAAGCAGGUUUUGAUGAUGAUGGUUCAGAAUUUUAUGAACAUGUAUUUCUGGAUAAAUACCUGGAGGAUUUUCCAAAACAAGGACCAAUUCGCCACUUCAUGGAGCUGGUGACCUGCGGCCUUUCCAAAAACCCAUAUCUGAGUGUUAAACAGAAGGUCGAACACAUAGAGUGGUUUAAAAAUUAUUUUAAUGAAAAACGGGACAUUCUAAAAGACAGUAACAUACAUUUCAAUUAAAGACCUUGGAAACUUUUAUUUCGAGCUGUUGAAGAUUGAUAUUAUAAAUAAAUAAUUUUACUAGAA